GGGCAGGGGCGGCCGCUGCGAGCCUCCCCUCUUCCUCUCUGCUGUGUUUCAGGCGUGGCCAUGGUGGAAGCCGCCGGCCCCACGCGGCUGCUGGAGGUGUGCGGGCAGCGGCUCUCCCGGUUCCUCCGCGAUGCCGAGCACAAGCGCCUGGCGUGGCUGCGGGAGGUGGAGGAGCAGGGCAUGCGGAUGCUGGAGAGCAACCUGGGCGCUGAGCCCGGGCCGAUGACCAGAACGCCCUCCCAGAGGAGACGCUCCAGGAAGAGGCAGUCCUCCUCCCUGAAAGACUACAGCAAGGAGCCCAGCAGGAGGAGGUUGUCCAGAAGGAGAAGCAGCAUCAAGCUCGUGUCUUUCAAGCCAGGCUCCCAAAGGCGCCAGAGCAAGGAGCAGCCCCUGGAUCCUGGCUGUGGUGGGGAGGGUGCCCAGGCCUAUGCUGCACCCGAGCUCCCAGCACUGCCUGGGGACGGGGCAGCAGAAGCACCAGGUCCCAGCAGAGCCCAGGCGGGUGACCCACAGCGCUGGCCUGCGGGUGCCUGUGAGCUCCCUGUCUGCGAGCAGUCACCGCGGGGGGAUGCAGCCAGCGAGUGGCAGGAUGAGGCCCCUGUCACCGGGGUCCUUGCUGGCCCCGCAGCGAGGGGGGCACAGGCAGCCCCCGGCAGAAGAACGAGCACCUCCACUCCCAAGGCUGCCGGAGCCGGGGCUGCUCCGGACCUGGCAGAGCCGCUCCUGCCGGGCUCCGGCAGCCGAGGAGCUGCGCUGGGACCCCGAGCGCGGCGCUGCUCCGGGCGCCGGAGCUCGCUGAGUGCCCCCCCCGCGGGCCGGCGGUGCUCCCUGGCCGGCCGGAGGGCGAGCAGGAGCCGCAGGGCAGUGGCCAGGAAGGCGGCGGCGGCUGCGACGCUGGAGUCGUCCUCUGCCUCCAGCAGAGUGAGCUGUCAGAGCUCCCUGGAAGCGUGCGUGGAAGAGGAUGUGGCCGGGACGAGGAGGGCUCAGAGCUCAUCAGUGCUGGUCUGUAACGCAAUGGCUGGGUGCCCCACAGCAAGGCACAGCUCCAGCCCUGUGGCUUGGCUGAAGCAGGCCUGUGCCUCCAGAUGGACCUGGAAUAGAUGGGAUGCUUAUCUAAAUCUAUGUAUGCGUUCAUUUGGGUUUAGCUGUGCUUUCCCUGGGGUCCCACCCGCUGCCUCUGUCACAGCUCCUGAGGACACGCUCCCUUCCAGCAGAAGCACCCUGGCUGCCAGCUGUCCUGCAGAGCGCUCGGCUGCUCCCGAGCAGCAGGCAGGGAGCGAUGGAGUGGUGCUGACUGCAGGCUCCUCCACAGGAACCCCGGUAAAUCCCAUCAGGGAAUCCCAGAACAAGGACCAGGAGCGAUCACCCUGUGCCAGGCCCCAGGAGGAUCCCCCAUGCAUCUGGACCAGGAGCCGCACGCAGGCGAUGGGCGCUGUGUGGAAGGGGCAGCAGCAGCAGCAGCCGGGGGCUCAGGCCCCGUCCCCUUCGGGUGAGCGGCGCGGGAGCCCCGCAGAGCCUCCCCCCGGCGCGGGCAGCAAGGUGAGCGGGUGCCGCGGCCCCUCGGCCCCUUGGUCCUCCCCGCUCCUCACCUCCCGCCUCUCCCCGCUCCUCACCUCCCGCCUCUCCCCGCUCCUCACCUCCCGCCUCUCCCCGCUCCUCACCUCCCGCCUCUCCCCGCAGGUGCUGCGGAGCCUCCUGCGGGCCGUGCAGCGGCACCCGCUGCUCCCCAGCCCGGCCCCCCCGGGCCACGGCGGGGUCGUGAGGAGCCUCCUCCAGCGCAGCACCCGCACCCGGCCCAGCCCCAAGGGAGACUUCGUUGUAAGUAACAACACCCUUAACCGUGGGCACUGGAGGGUUCUAUGGGCCUCGUGGGCACUGACAGCUCCUUCCCCUCUCACUGGCAUCGUGCAGCUGUGGCCACGCCAGUGCACUGUUGCCAAACCUGCGUUGUUUCUCCCCUGCUAUUCACUUCCCAUCCCGGAGAAGGAGCGGCAGAGACUGGAAAGCCUCAGGAAGAAGCAGGAAGCUGAGGAGCAGAGGAAGAAGAAAAUGGAGGAGGAGAAGAGGCAGCGGCAGGCGGAAAUGAAGCAGAAGAGGGAAGAGCGCCUGAGGAAGGCGCUGCAGGCUCGGGAGCGGGCAGAGGAGGAGAAGAAGAAGCGGAUGGAGCAGAAGAUCCUGCAGAGCGAUGAGAAGGUGCGGCUCUCCCAGGCACGGGACAGGGAGGAGAAGGCGGAGGAGCGGGGCAGGAAGAAGCUGUCCAAGAAGUCUGGGGAAGCUGAGGCACGGAAGCAGAAAGCGCUGAAGGGGGAGGAAGAUGAAUUGGAUCAGCCAGAGCCGCUGCAGAAGAGGAGAGAGGAUGAAGUGAGGGGGAAAGGAAAGAAAGUCUUGGAACUGAGAAGUCUUCUGGAGCAGCAGCAGGCGGAACACGGGAAGGAGAGGGAUCACAGACCCGGAGGGAAGGAGAAGCCUCCCCAUCCGCAGCUGGGGGCAGCGGCGUUCCCCGAGAAGCACAGAAAGCAGGAGGAAGCUGGUCUGCAGCGCCCGGGAGAGAGGAAGCUCAAGCAGCCAGAGGCCCCGACUGCUGCCGCUGGCACAGGGCUGAGCAAAACGCUAAAGAAAUCCAUCUCCGCACCCUACUUGAAGCCCCUGAAGGGCACGGAGCAGAGCAGCCACCCAAAGGUGAGCGAGGACAACUAUGGCAUGGACCAGAACAGCGACGAUGCCACAGAUGAUGAGAACGACCCUCGGAACCCGGUCCCUGCCUGGGCCGACGGCCCUCGGCUCAAGCAGGGCAUCAUGCACCAGUACUACCACCCAGUGAACACGGACCAGCUCUUCGGGCUCAUCUCAGGCCUCCGGCUGGAGGAGAUCUUUGGCAAGAGCAAGCCCCGGUACUUCAAGCGCACGAGCUCGGCCGUUUGGCAUUCCCCACCCCGGCCCAGAUCCGCCUCUGGCCCCUCCUGCAGCCUCAACAAGUGAGGAGAGGGGCAGGGAUGUGUCUGAUGCCCACCCGCAGCCUCAGCCUGG